UUUAUUUAAUGUAAAAAAAUUGAAAAAUCUACAAAUACUUUUCGUUGCUUAUUUGAUUCUUGUCUGUGGACAGCUUUGUCUGGUAUUUGCACAUGGUGUUCUUCUCUCUGUUGUAUUGCUAUCAUGAUUUUUUCCUUGCAUGGGCAAGGGUUUUUUUUUUUCCUGAUGUUUCUGUGGAACUACUCUACAUAUGUUUUCUUCUCUUUGGAUAAUCUGGCCAUUGGUUCCUAUCUAUUGUUAAUCUAAGGGUCCUUUUAAAAAAAUAAUCUAUUUCUUUGUCAUAUUAAUCUCCUUGUAUAUGCUAUUGUGGUAACUCAUGCCAUUUUUGGAGGUUUUUUUUUUUUUAAUUUUAUUAUUAUUAUUAUUAAUUUUUUUAUAAAAGCUAAUUGCUAAUGUAUUUUUCAUAUUGUUCAUGACUGGUCAGUUCUGGCGUCCCCAUAACCGGGCCAUGUUCUUCAAGGGAUUCAUAUUAUUACAUUUCAAUUCUGUGCAUAACUUUGUCAUUGCUUGCACCAUGUGCUCCUCUCUUUUACCUUCUAUUUUGUCAGCGUGCCUAUGUGACCUGUGUAUUGAUCUUGAGCUUAUUUCUCAUUCAUUUGGUUUCAGUUUCAGUGAAAACAUUAUCACCGAUCCUGGUUUUGUGGAUAUAUUUCCAGCCUCACGAAUUCCGAAACAUAUGCAACAUCUUCUUAAGCCCAUGUAUCGCACCAUGACUGGUGCAUCAAAGGAACCACUAGGAUCAAGAGAUACGGUAAAAGAAAAGGGAUUCCGUGUGACAACAGUUUCGGGUACUCUAUCCUCUAUACUGAAAUGGGCAUCAGAUGCUGAGUUCUUGGAAUAUUUUGGGAUUUCUUUACAGGUCAGGAAACAAUCAUACAUAUCAGGAAAUUCAACCCGUCAUUGCAAACCUUGGUGUCCUUGAUAAGCUUAUUGCAGCUCGUCAUGAGCUUGCAGAGAUAAUGGGGUAUAAAUCUUACGCUCAAUUUGCAGUUCAUCCGAAUAUUGCAUCAUCACGAGAUGUUGUGAUGCCCUUUUUGCUUGAUUUAAGCAAGAUUGUUACGCAUAAGGCUGAUGAGGUAAAUUUGUGUCCUUUCUUGGGUGUAGUUUUGAUCUUUUUCCCAAUUUUUCAGUUGUAGUAGAGUGUGAAGUUUUUCUGGUACUUUCUGGAUGUCUUUUUUCCCCUGGUAGGAGUUUUAAGGCAAUUAGGGAUUUCAAGAGGAAAAUAUGCAAUGAAGAUUGUGCAGACUUGGAGCCAUGGGAUGAAGCUUAUUUCACGGGAAUGAUGAAGUCUUCUACCUUCAACUUAGACUC